AUGAAUUUUAAACCAGAAACUAUAAUAACAACUCCAAGCUAUUAUGGAAUUACUGAUUCACCAGCCUACAUACAAUUAGGUGGUACAGUGUACUGUAUUCAUCAUGGUUAUGAAAAUAAUCAUGAGCUUUGGUACACCAAAUCCAAUGAUUUAAUUACUUGGACCGCUGAUGCCCAGUUUGUAGAUGUACAGACGACAUUCUCUCCAGCUGCUAUUGUGUUCAAUUCAAUUAUAUACGGUUUCCAUAAUGGAAGUCCAAAUAGUAGUGGUGAUCUGAAUUAUGUAAAAGUGACUGGUAACUCUGUGACACAGGAUAACCCAAUUCAUGGUCUUCCUGAAUGGAAAUCGUCCAAUUCACCAUCUGCAACGGUUUUCAACAACCUUAUGUACCUUGCUUAUCAUGGACCGAAUAACAAUGGAAAGUUGCUACUUGCAUCCUCACCCGAUGGUGUAGCUUCCAAUUGGAGUUAUAAAGAAGUACCGGGUAUCACAAUAACUGGAUCACCAUCGAUGGCAACAUUCAAUGGAAAGAUAUACAUUGUAUUCCGCAAUACCGCUUUGGGUAAUGGUGUCUAUGUUACAAGCACAUCAGAUACCAACACUUGGACCACUCCAACACUCAUUCCAAAUGUCCAAGUAUCAGGUGAUCCAAAACUAACAGCCACUGCAAGUAAACUGGUUUUAGUACAUCGUCAUCCAACCAAUGCCAAACUUCAUGUUGUCACAUGUAACAAUCUUGGUGUUUGGUCUGCCGAUCAAGUUGUCAACACAAGUGAUAUGUUUCAGGAUCCAGGUGUUGGUGUUUUCAAUGGUAAAGUUAUCGUUGGUUUAACCAUAAGUACUGACGCACAUAUGCAUUUAAACAACAUUGUUCAACGAGCAAAAGUAAUACCAAGUCAAUCUCCAAGAGAUCAAGAAGUACUUUACCAAUAA